UUUUAUUUGAAAUAAAACCAAGAACAUCAUUAUUAAAAUGUCAUCGUGUUCGUCGUUGUCAUCUCUUCAAAAGUCUUUAUUAUUAGUUUUCUUUGUUCUAGUUGCCUUAACGCUGAACAUAUCAGAUGCAUUACUUUGUUAUACCUGCAGCUAUACAUCCAAUAGUGGAGCUAAUGACUCUUGUAUAUAUGAGCCCAAGAACAGCAUAAGUUGUACUAAGAAAUAUUGUACAAUAAUACGUCAAGAUUUAGUGCAUCCAGCUGGAACUGUAGUUUCUUUUUCUAGAGGUUGCGAGGAUAAACCAUUGUACCUGAAUGCGGUUAAAACGGAUACAACAUACAAAGUAUACUUUCGUUCAUGCACUUCAGAUCUUUGCAACGAUUCGGAUGGCAAACGUUCAGCUACAAAUUCUAAUCCUAAUAUUGGAGCAUCGGAAAAUAUGAUUAUAAAGGGAAGAGAAAAAUAAAUUAUUAUCUUUAA